CCCUUGAUGUCAUUUCCUUUGCGCGAAGCUGGAACUUUGGCGCCCCAGACUUUUAAACAUCUCGAAAGAAAUCGGAAACACCAACCAAGAAGACAAACACUGAGCCAGUCCGGUAGUUACCACGGCAAAGUAACGUUAGUUAAGGAUGUUAGGGUAACGUUAGUUAAUAACCUCCUGGUUGUGAAGAUAAAAAAUGUCGUUCAAAGCAAAAUAAGCUCUCUUCGGAUGGCUGAUGUCGGUGCGGUGAGCCUUCUGUUGACAAUGCCGUUGGUCUGUUAGCGACAAAGAUACAUAGCUCAUCUACCUCUGGAAGACAAGCUGGCUGUCGGGAAGAAACGCACAUAAAUACAUACACCUGCCUGUGGUUUUAUCAGAGUCGACAUGAUCCGAAGCAAACGGAAUAAACCCAAGGCACCAGGGGGCCAGAAGAACAUCUUGUCCUUUUUUUCCUCUCAAAACCACACCAAGGACUUGUCAUCUUCCACAAAAUUGCCUGUCAUUGGCACUGCACUAGCCAGGACUGAACUUCCAGUCAUAGAUGGUGAAUCCUCGACAAUUGGACCCCAUUCCCCCUUAAAGAGGAGUAUCCUUGGGGAGCUCGAAAACCUCCUGCCCUCCUCACCAGAUCUUCUCUUCUCUGUGCCUGAGACCCCAAACAGUCAGAUCAGGCUUGCUUCAUCUUCUUCCUCCAGAAAUCCAGAUAGACGGAGCCCCCAGCCCAGCAGAGAGGUGGUGAGCCUGGACCAGCUCGGCCAAUUGUCUCCCAUCUGUCGGAGUCCCCGUUCCAAAAGGCAGAGUGCACGGAGGCUUAUGACUGAGGAGGGAAAGAAAACCAAGAGGGAAGAAGGAUGUCCUGGCUCUGUAAAAAGAUUAAUCAGCCCUCCUCAAGAGUCUCUCAAGGCCAAGAGACCAAGAAAUGCCAAGCCACCGGCACAUAGAACUGGGCUCAGCCCUACAGGUAGCAACCUGAAAGUAACAAGGCCUUUGAUUGGCCCUUUAAAGACGCCUCAUUUCUCCAGUGACCAGUCUGAGAGGUCAGAGGGUCACACCAGAGAGACUGAAGUGGUCUUUAAUGAAAUCAAAAACUCUUUUGGGGAACAGAGAGGACAUAAGAAAGGGAGCGAUGAAGAGGAGGAAGAUUCAGGUUUUACUGUGAUAACAGAGCAGAAAGCAACAGGGGCCAAAGCCAAUGGAAACCCACACACUUGUCUGGAUAAGGAUACCCACACUCUUACUGCUCACAUGCACAAGCCAAGUGUUCAAGCUAUCACACCUACAACACAGAGAAGUGCAAAUGGGGGAGAGAAUGACGUUAUCAGAUUAGGAGCUACAAGAACAGCAAUGACAUCAUCAAAUGGAGAUGGAGACAAUGUGACAUCAUUGGACCAGGGGCAAGCUGGAGAAAAUACAGGAAUGUCAUCAGUGGAUGAGAGGUUUGACGAGAGCUGGUUUGCUGAGGAGAUGGAUCAUAAUGCGGGUCUUGUCUUAGAGAACAAAUCCCCAAAAAAACGUAAGGUGCCAGACCAUGUGAUCCUUUCUGGAGGCCUAAACAACCGCUACUGGGUUGUAGAUGUGGAGGAGAGGCCCGGCCACAAAACACUCACCAUCUCGUGCUCCAGAUCUCUACAUCCAACUGAGACCUGUCUGCUGAAAGAUGGAUGGGAGAUGACGCCUGUUCGUCAUGGGGAUGUGGUGCAUCUAGAGGGCCGCUCUGAUGCUGGAUCCUGGGUAGUGGACAGGGAGCAGGGCUUUCUGGUUUUACUCCCUGAUAGCCUUAUCUCAGGUACCAGCAUCUCUAACUCCAUUCGCUGCAUGAGGCGUGCAGUACUCGGAGACAUGUUCAAGAGUUUUGACGGUGGCUCCAAGCAAAUGCUAAAUGGCACCAUGGUCCAUGAAGUCUUCCAGAGAGCAGCUAAAGUCAAAGAUUUUUCUCUGGAGACACUGUCUAAGCUGGCUAACCAAGCCCUGUGCAGUCCUCAGUACCUGGGAGACAUGUACAGUUUGGGUGUAAGCCAGGAAGAGAUGAAGCAGGAACUGCAUGACUAUCUGCCCUCACUGGAACAUUGGGCAAAGGAAUACCUCAGCUCCCCAAAACCAAAAGCCAUCAGCCUUAAACUCAACGGCACAGCUUCGAGCAGGUGUCAGGACUCGACAACUGUUGUCACGGUAGCAGAGCUGGCAGAUAUAGAAGAGAAUGUGUGGUCGCCAAGAUUUGGUCUGAAGGGGAAAAUCGAUGUGACGGCGCAGGUUCGAAUCCAAAGACCGCGAAGCGUUAGUCCCAAUACCCCGGAAGAGAGGACUGUCCCCCUGGAGCUGAAAACUGGGAAGGAGUCAAACUCCAUAGAGCAUCGCAGUCAGGUGAUUCUUUACACUCUGAUGAGCUUGGAGAGAUACAAUUCUGAAGCUGGCUUCCUGCUUUACCUCAAGACUGGCAACCUGCACCCGGUAGUGGCCAGCCACAUGGACCGCAGAGAGCUGCUGAAGCUGAGGAACACCUUGGUUCAUCACAUUCACAACUGUGUGGAGAAAGAGGCGAAGCGGAGCCAUUUGUCUAGACUUCCUGAAAUUGUGACUGACAGACAAACCUGCCAGUAUUGUCCUCAGAAGAGAAACUGUGCUUUAUAUGAAAGGGUGGUCAAUGAUAGCUCUGCAGAUGUCUGUGAGGAAGUUGUUCGUGACUUCCUAGAGCAGGAGACAGGUCACCUGAUCCCACCACAUCUAAGCUAUUUUUCCCAUUGGCUGCUGCUCUGCUGCCUAGAGGCUGCCAGCAUGGAGACCAAGAAUGGCCGAAAGCGUGUGUGGCUUCAGACAGCUGAGGAGAGUGAGAAGAAUGGGAGCUGUGUGGGUAAUGCGCAGCUCAGUGGCCCAGUGACCGUGCAGUCUGAAGGGGUUUUUCUCCAUCGUUUCCAGCGAAGAAGUGUGGUGACACAGAAGGGUUUAGCCAGCAGUGGUUUAGCCAGCAGUGGUUUGGCCAGCGGGGAUCGCAUUGUUGUUAGUGACCAGGAAGGUCGCCUGGUUGGUUUGGCAACAGGAUACCUGUGUGAGGUCAGCCGGACAUCAGUCAGCUGCACUCUGGACAGAGACCUGUCUAAGUUCGGUGGUGUGUUGUUUCGAUUGGACAGUGAUGAAGGUGUGGUGGGCCUCAGCACUCACCUCACCAAUCUCUCCAGGCUGAUGGAAAACUGUCAGGACAGUGAUCGUCUGAGGGAGCUGGUUGUUGACCUUCGUCCUCCAGAGUUUAUUUCCAACCUCAGUUCUGUUCUGCCAAGAGAGGCUAAGGACACUGUGGCCAACAUCCUCAAAGGUCUCAACAAACCACAGAAGCAAGCCAUGAAGAAGGUGUUGUUAUCCAAAGACUACACACUGAUUGUUGGGAUGCCAGGCACAGGCAAAACCACGACCAUCUGCACCCUGGUUCGCAUCCUUCACGCAUGUGGGUUCAGUGUGUUGCUCACCAGCUACACCCACUCUGCUGUUGACAACAUCCUGCUGAAGCUAAAGCGCUUCAGGGUUGGGUUUUUGCGUCUUGGGCAGGGGCAGAAGGUUCAUCCAGACAUCCUGCCUUACACAGAGGAAAGUGCGAGGACGAAGGGAGUUCAUAGUCUGUCAGAGUUGGAGCAGCUUUAUAACAAGGAGCUGGUAGUGGCAACCACCUGUAUGGGCAUCAAGCAUCCCAUUUUCACACGUCGCCGAUUUGAUUUCUGCAUCGUAGAUGAAGCUUCACAGAUCAGCCAGCCUAUCUGUCUUGGACCCCUUUUAUAUGCCAAGAGGUUUGUCCUGGUUGGAGAUCACCAACAGCUGCCACCAAUUGUACAAAAUCAGGAGGCAAGGUCACUUGGGAUGGACGAGAGUCUAUUUAAGCGAUUAGAGCUCCAUAGUGAAGCAGUGGUUCAACUCAAUGUACAGUACCGGAUGAAUAGGCAGAUAAUGUCUCUCAGUAACUCCCUGAUGUAUGAGGGCCGGCUGGAGUGUGGAUCAGAGAGGAUAGCCACAGCCCUGCUCACCCUGCCCUUUCUGGUCUCUGUCCAGUCAGAGCUUAGUUCCUACUCUAAGACUCAUCCACAGCACGACCUGGCUUGGAUACAGUCCACAUUGUUGCCCAGCAACCCUGUUUGCUUCCUAGAUUGUUCCAUGGUGCCAGCACUAGAGUCUGUGGAGCAGGGGGGCGUAAGCAAUCACACAGAGGCUGCUCUCAUACACAGGAUCCUUUCACUGUUGAUAAAGGCAGGGUGUAAGCCCAGUGAUAUAGGUGUUAUCGCCCCCUACAGACAGCAGUUAAAGAGUAUCUCUGCUCUGCUGCAGUCCUCUGCUUUCACCGGUGUGGAGGUGAAUACAGUGGACAGAUACCAAGGACGGGACAAAAGUCUGAUCAUUUUUUCUUUUGUGAGGAGCACUACAGACGAAGGAAACUUGGGAGAGCUGUUGAAGGACUGGCGUCGGCUGAACGUAGCCAUUACCAGGGCUAAACACAAGCUGCUGAUGGUGGGCUCCACCACAACGCUCCGACGCUUCGCUCCUGUGGAGAAACUGCUCAACCAUCUCCAGCAAGAGAACAUGAUUAUCCAGCUCCCGCCAGCUGCCCACGAGGCCUUACCAAGCAUGUCCCUUUGAUAGAAGUCUUUGAAGCCAUGGUGGAGUUUUCAGUCAGAGUGGAGCAGCCAGUGGCUGUGGAUCACCUCAAUAAGGCAAAGAUUGAAUGCCAAUCUGCAAACACACUGAAUGAUAUGGAGGCUGUGAUCAGUUGACAACUAUUUUAAAACCUAGUCAUUGCUGUUCUGUCAAUCUUUGGAAAAGAAAAUCCACUAAAAGUAUCCAAGAAACUUGGAACAGCGUUCCCCUAAACUAAUUUAAUUGGCAAUUUUAUUAAAAAAUAUUAUAUGAUAAAAAUAACUGCAAAUAUCCAUUUCAUCGUUUCCCCUAUUAAUUCUCUGAAGCGCGCCGCAGUGAGCCAAUGCUUGUCUAAUGUUAUAGCCCUACUUUAGGAGAGAGUGUAACUGGAAAUACAGAUUACACUAAUGAACACACUAGGAAUGACACCUGAGGAAGCAUUUUGAGGAGACACAACAAGCUCAGCUGCUGGAUUAUGGCACUGUGUGUCAAACCUCAACUACGACUCUAUUGAUACACUGACAAUAUUUUAGACUAGACUGUUGGUACUUUCUCUAAGCAUUCUCACACACACACACAAAGUCAUUCCUAUGUGAAUAUGGAGAUCAUACAGAGU